CGCUUCUUGUGAUGCCAUUAACCUUCCGACGGAGAUCCUUCAUGGAAAAAGAAGUUCAUCAGAUUCUUAAACCAACCUCAUGUAGGCCUCCAGAUGUGGUUAAGAUUACAAUUCCCAUCUUCUUGGCUACGGCCUUCAAUCUGUAGCAGCCCGCUUUGAAGGCUAUGACUAGGUAGAGAACAGACUUUUGGGGUGCAGCCAAGUCCGAUUUUGGGAUCCGUCCCAGAGAAGCCAUGGAUGCGGCUGGAAGCAUAGAGAUCGUGAGGCCGAAGCGGAAGAAACCAAAGCUGACGGCGUUUCUCUUCUCAACUACAGUGUUUUCAUCCAUUGGUAUGUUCCAGUGUGGAUACAGCCUUUGGAUUGUCCACAGUUCGGCUGCGAUUAUAUCAGAAUUUCACAAUGCAACAUUAAAACCAGUGAAAGAGCAACCCAACGAGCUGAAGUUUGAUGAUGAACUGUUGGCUGUCACCACGAUUAUGUUCCCCAUUGGAGCCCUAUCCGGCCUGCUGCUGCUCGGCUUCCUGGUGGAUCACUGGGGCAGAAAAGGCACCUUGUUCUUAAGUAACUGCAUCAACAUUGCCUGCGCUACCCUUUUGGGACUUUCCAGAUCGUGGAAUUCAUACAACGUGGGAAUCUUCGCACGCCUUUUGAACGGAAUGUCUUCAGGCAUGUUCUCCUGUGUGGUUCCACUGUAUAUUGUGGAAAUCUCCCCUCCUAACGUGCGGGGUGCCCUCCACGUGGUGUCCACCUGGUUCUUAACCAUGGGUGUCCUGAUGGCUCAGAUCCUCGGCCUUCACGAAGCCCUAGGGAACCGAGAAGGUUUCCCACAUCUGAUGAGUCUUGUUGGAGUGAUAGCUAUUUUAAAUAUGGUUUUACUGCAGUUUGUCCCAGAAAGUCCGAGGUUUCUGUUGAUCCAGAAAGGGAACGAAACAGAAGCUAGGCAAGCUUUGAAGAUGCUGAGACAAAAGGACAAUGUGGAGGAGGAGGUUGAGGAGAUGCUUCUAGAGGACCUUUGUGAGAAAGCCGAGAAGAACAUGAACCUGCUGAAGCUUCUCUGUUUCCGGGAACUCCGACGGCACAUGAUCUGCACCAUCAUCUUGAUGGCGGGAAGCCAGCUCACUGGUGUGCAUGGCGUAUACUUUUACGCAGAGAGAAUCUACCUUUCCCUGGGAAUAGGCAGCAAAUAUAUCCGCUUCAUGCUCCUAGGGGUGAAUGGUGGACUCCAUCUGGUGACGUUACUUGUGAUAUUUUCCAUCGAUUCUGUGGGGCGGAGGUUUCUGCUCCUCAUCGGUAUCAUGAUUUGCAGCAUGAUCAGUAUUCUGCUCGCUGUCUUCCUGGAACUUCAGGUCAAGAACAACCCCUCGUGGGCGUACAUUAGCACAAUGCUUGUCCUCCUCUUCCUCGCUGCACAGAUGGUCGGGCCAGCUCCUAUUCCUUAUCUGCUUGUUGGAGAGCUGUUCCUUCAAUCAGCCCGGGGCUCAGCCUGCAUGAUCGGGGGAUUUGUAAACUGGUUCUCCCGGCUUUUCGUACCACUGAUGUUUAUUCGUCUAGAGCCCCUGAUCGGUCCUUACAUUUUUCUCUUCUUCUGGCCAAUCUCCAUUUUCAUCUUUAUUUACAUUUUCAAGAUGAUCCCAGAAACCAAAGGCAGGACGUUCGUGGAGAUCCAGAAGGCCAUGGAGAUGCGCCUGCAGAAGAAGGAACACAGGAAGAGGAGGGCCAAAUCAAGAGCAGGGGUCAAUUCUUUUCACUGAACCCCCCCUUUUUGGGGGUGGGUGGAGGAGGACAAAAACAGAAGGACAUGCACAGAAAAAACCUUACUCACUGUGCUCUGUUUGAGAAAAAGCAACAAUGGUGGUUUCCAGUCAAGCUGGACCGUUUGGCUAGUUUUUUCCCCCUGUUCAUGUUUCUCUGUGUACCUACUGUGAAUUCUCUUUCAUUUAAUUAAAUUAGGGUGUAUAUAACAUAAUCCAGAGCUUGAAUGUGUGGAAGAGCGUCUUGAUUC